GGGACGGACGGCCCGGACACCCCGCCAGGAGCGCCAGGAGCCGGCACAGGCCGCGGCGGUGAACAGCGCCGUGGCUGCGGGAAGGGGACGGGCCCGGUGAAAGGCACACCGACCGCAGGAGGCUUAGGGGGCCGGGCUCAGGACUGGGCGACAGAUAUUAUUGUUAGGGAAAGCAUGUGGAUGUGAGAGCUGCCCCAGCAUAAGAACAACCUGAAUGUUUUGUAUGAAACAGGUUUGAGGUCCUCUUCUGUGACAGUGUGUAGGAGAGACCUGAAGAUCAUCUCACACCUCAGCUUGACACAAACUGCAGACAGCAAAAUGACAGUCAGGUGAUUCAUGGCAGGGGACGUGGAAGGGUUUAGCUCCUCCAUCCAUGACACCAGUGUCUCUGCAGGAUUCAGAGCACUGUAUGAGGAGGGAUUGCUUCUUGAUGUCACACUUGUCAUUGAAGACCACCAAUUUCAGGCCCAUAAAGCACUGCUUGCCACCCAGAGUGAUUACUUCAGGAUUAUGUUCACAGCAGACAUGCGAGAACGAGAUCAGGACAAAAUCCAUUUGAAAGGUCUGACAGCUACAGGCUUCAGUCAUGUCCUCCAAUUCAUGUACUAUGGAACUAUUGAACUGAGUAUGAACACUGUUCAUGAAAUCCUUCAGGCUGCCAUGUAUGUCCAGCUUAUAGAGGUGGUAAAGUUUUGCUGCUCUUUUCUCUUAGCUAAAAUCUGCUUAGAAAACUGUGCAGAAAUUAUGAGACUUCUGGAUGAUUUUGGUGUAAACAUCGAAGGAGUCAGGGAAAAACUGGAUUCCUUUCUGCUAGAGAAUUUUGUGCCACUCAUGUCCAGACCUGACUUUCUUUCAUACCUGAGCUUUGAGAAGCUCAUGUCUUACUUGGACAAUGACCAUCUGAGCAGGUUCCCAGAGAUAGAGCUGUAUGAAGCUGUGCAGGCCUGGCUGCGCCAUGAUAGAAGACGCUGGAGACAUACGGACACCAUCAUUCAGAACAUCAGGUUUUGUUUGAUGACACCAUCCAGUGUUUUUGAGAAGGUAAAAACAUCAGAGUUUUACCGAUACUCCCGGCAGCUGCGACAUGAGGUUGACCAAGCCAUGAAUUACUUUCAUAGCGUUCACCAGCAGCCUUUGAUGGAAAUGAAAUCGAACAAAAUUCGUUCUGCCAAACCCCAGACUGCAGUAUUUAGAGGAAUGAUAGGACACAGUAUGGUAAACAGUAAAAUCCUUCUCUUGCACAAACCGAGGGUCUGGUGGGAACUAGAGGGUCCUCAAGUACCUUUGCGACCAGACUGCCUUGCCAUUGUCAAUAACUUCGUGUUCUUAUUAGGUGGGGAAGAACUGGGGCCAGAUGGCGAGUUCCAUGCUUCAUCCAAAGUGUUCAGGUACGACCCAAGGCAGAACACUUGGUUACGGAUGGCAGACAUGUCUGUGCCACGCUCCGAGUUCGCUGUCGGGGUCAUUGGCAGGUACGUGUAUGCAGUGGCUGGCAGAACCAGGGAUGAAACCUUUUACUCCACUGAGCGCUAUGACAUCACCGAAGAUAAAUGGGAGUUUGUGGAUCCCUACCCAGUCAAUAAGUACGGACAUGAAGGGACUGUGCUUGGAAACAAGUUGUAUAUCACUGGUGGAAUUACAUCCUCUUCAACUUCUAAGCAAGUGUGUGUGUUUGAUCCCAGUAAAGAAGGGACGGUAGAGCAGCGAACACGGAGAACUCAAGUGGUCACUAACUGUUGGGAAAACAAAUGCAAAAUGAAUUAUGCCAGAUGCUUUCACAAAAUGAUUUCUUAUAAUGGUAAGCUCUAUGUCUUUGGUGGUGUUUGUGUGAUCCUGAGAGCUUCCUUUGAAUCUCAGGGAUGUCCUUCUACAGAGGUUUAUGACCCUGAUACCGAUCAGUGGACUAUACUGGCUUCUAUGCCAAUAGGCAGGAGUGGUCACGGUGUGGCUGUUCUGGACAAGCAGAUAAUGGUUCUUGGAGGCCUUUGUUACAAUGGUCAUUACAGUGAUUCAAUUCUCACUUUUGAUCCAGAGGAAAACAAGUGGAAAGAAGAUGAAUAUCCAAGGAUGCCGUGCAAGCUGGAUGGCUUACAGGUCUGCAGCCUGCACUUCCCUGAGUAUGUUUUGGAGCAUGUCAGACGUUGCAGCUAAAACAGAAUGAACAACCCAGUCAAAUACAAAAGAGCUAUACUAAUUUGUUGAAAAAAAUUACAAACCAGUUGAAUUCCUGCAGAGACAUUUCCUUGUGUAUAAGAACAAUGGCCAAAUGCUCAAGAGAAACAGGAUGUACAGGCAGUGUACUUACCAAGUUAAUUAGAAAAGGUGAUAGUUGGUCUGACCUUGUGAAAGCUUUGUUGUUUGUUUUUUUUUAAAUAAAUGUAAUUGUAAGUAUGAGAAAAAAAUAUAUUUUUGAGUCUGCUUUUUUUUGGUAACAUUUUAUGUCCACAAUGUGUUCUGUUUUUUUUAAUGGCCAUUAUACCACUAUGCUUUUGAAGUAAGUUGAGUUUGACAAAAAUAUUUGUGAAAGGAAGAGAAGGAGGAUGAUAUUUUCAUUUUUUUAUUGAGCAUCAAAAUACAGUUCAUCACCUGUACUUGGGUACAACCAGGUAUAAAGUAACAAGCCAACCAUUUCUGUAUUUUAUGUUGUCUUUUAGAUGCUUUUCCUAUUAACUGCAAAGUACUCUCAAAUUUACUAGGUGUUUUUGUUUUUCCUUAUUUACUUUGGAAAAGAAUUUUGACCCUUUUGCAUGACCCUUUUCCUGAUUUUGUAUAGCUGUACCAGUAAGUCUGCCAAAAUGCAAAUUACACAUUUUCUACUAAAUUUAAAACAAAGCAUUUUUAUAUUCAAAACUCUAUUUCUAUGCUGCCUUCUAUUGUCUGUGUUGUUUGUUGGUGAGUAAAAAAAUGUAUACACACAUGUGCAUACACUGUAAAAACUGUAUAUAAAUGCAUCUUUUUAUGUGCAGUUACAAUAUUAUAUUUUAACUAGUGCACACAUUCAGCCAUAUCUGUUGAAUUUAGGGUAUUCUUUCAUGAGCUAAAUAGUUCAAAGUUCCUAAGUGAAACUGGAAGCCUCAUUUGGUAUCAAAGUAUCUUUAGUAUAUACUGAUUGAUCCAGUAACCUUAAACUCUUUAUAUUGUUGCUACAUAAUGAACUGUUGGUUAUUUGUUAUUUUAUAAAUUAUUUUUUAAAAGUAAACUCAUUUUACCUGAGUUUCUUUUUGGUUUCAAUGUGCUGCCCAGUUUUCUUUUUUUGUUGAAAUUGAAAACGUCAAUAAGCAAACGCUCAGCACUGCUGUAACCCACAGUUAUUUCUGGAACUGGAUACUGGAUAUGCUACAGUUUAUUGUCAAUACUUUAUUAUACUCACACUUCAAUAUGAGUGCUCAUAUUGAAGUGAUAAAAUCUUUUUAUUAUUAUUAUUUAACUAUUAAGUGUUAAGAACUACUGUGUUUGGAAAAUGUGGAGUUAGGUGAUUGGUUUGUUAAUGUAAUUUCUGCUUCUUUUAUAAAAACCUCCACAACUAUGGCUACUGACCUUGGAGUGCCUGAGUAGAGAUGGCUGGUCCAAGAGGGCUUUGACUAUUCCAUUGUGCUAACUUGCAGGUAUAAAUGACAGUAGAUUGAUAAAAAUUAUCUGCCAGGACAUAAAUAAUAACAGUAUAGUCCAAAUAACAUUUGGACUAUCUUUGUGGAUGUAAAUUAGCCACUUUUAGAACCCACAGGAGAGAUCUGGUGAAGCUGAAGGCUCACAUGUAGUUCAGGUGCUGAAACAUGAGCUGCAUAUUUUGUAAAAUCUUAUGCUGCUGUGUUUCAUUUUAAGCAAUAGACUUUACUUUAUAUGCAGCAAUGCAAAACCACUUUAUUCAGCAUCUUCCAGUCAGAAUUCACUGUAGAAAAGGAAUGUACAGUACUCAGGGAGUUCAAAAGAAUGCACUUACAAAGGGACCAAAAUCACCCUAUAUUUUCUAUAUAAAAAUAACAUCUGCUUGUGUAAAUGAAAUUUCAAAUAAUAGAAGUUAAAACAAUGUGUAAAACUUCUCCUGUUGUGUUCCUGUAUCUUUGUAGGAAUUAUGUUUUGGGUUGAAAUGUGAGUAUUUGGAGCUAUAUGGCAAGUCAGCAGAUUUUUUUAGGGUUUGUUUAUUGUUAGAAAUGAUUUAUUAAUCGAGUAUAUUCAUAUAUUUUGAAGGAAGGAGGUAAUGUUUGCCAUCGUAGCUGUAGUGAUAAGUUAUUUACAACAGAAGGGACUGGACCAAAUAUUGAUAUUCAGCCUUCUGAUGCAGACUAGUUUGCAGCUAAAUUUUUCUUUUUUAAUAAGAAUUCAGUUUACUGAAUUAGAAAUCUAAUUUACUUUCUUGAUAGACUAACUUAAAAAAAAUGUGGCUUACACUAAAACCUCAGUUUCACUGUGAGAGGUGUACAUCACCCUACAUGGGGAGAGAUAAACUGACUCUGGUAGGAGCUGCCUGUGUGCUGACUGUACAUAAUUCAUGGAAUAUUGGGACACGAGAAAAAAACACAGGUUGAGAGAUUUUUGUUUGUUGGGGUUGGGGUUUUACAGUUGGUUUGUUUUAGUGGUUUUGUUAUUUUUUUUUUUUUUUUUGUCACCAGCUCAUUUCUUAAUGGGGCAGCAAGCUAAUCCUAUGUGAGGCAGCUGUCAAGGGCACGUUACAUAGAG